AUGGAGCCUACAGAAUCUUUUAAUCAGAGACGACUUGUGUCAAACUUGGUUGUUGAACAUUUUAAAUCCUCGUCUGAUGCUGACAUGAAACACACUCUGUUCUGGCGAUUCAGGGGAGGGGGAGAAAUCCACCUUGUGCCUGACCUUACUCUCUUUGAAGUCACUGGGAAGGAGAAUUGGCCUGUCAUUUGCCAGACUCCAAAUGGUCCUAGAAUUUACCGUAUUUUUUUGUCCCUUCAAUUGUUUGAUAGGAGGUGGGACACUGAAUUUUGUGCAUAUAUACGCAGAUUGCUGCAGAAUCCCAUGCUCAACACAGUCAUGAUAAGCAUCAUCUCACUCAAUGCGCUGUUCUUGGCUAUGGAGACUAAUUAUGCCAUUCAGCUUAAUUCUUAUGUAUAUCUGGAGCUGGCUGAUCUGAUUAUUAUAUCCAUCUACACCACCGAGAUUUUGCUGAAGUUUUAUGUGGAUCCCUUGAAUUACUGGAAGAGUGGCUAUAACCUGUUUGAUGUUAUCAUACUUCUCAUUGCUUACCUCCCAUAUAUCAUUGACAAAUAUGACGUCAAACAGUACAGGACAUGGAAUAUAAUUAAUGGUUUCCAGGCACUCAAGAUUCUGAAGCUUAUCUCCUACAGCAAAGGCAUGAGGAGUUUGAUAGCAGCUCUAGGCCAGACUGUGAAGACUGUGAUCUACGUCCUUGUCUUGCUGUUCCUGUUAAUGUUUAUCUUUGCCAUUUUGGGUUACGGAUUGUACGGAGACCCUGAAACCGGAGACAGUAAAAACUGGGGCAACCUAGCAUCUGCCCUUUUCACUCUCUUCAGUUUAGUAACGGUUGAUGGCUGGACGGAUUUACAGGAUGAAUUAGACCAACGUGGUUUUAGUGCCAGCCGAGCCUUCACAAUACUGUUCAUCUUGCUGGGUUUCUUUUUGUUUUUCAAUAUGUCUAUUGGAGUUGUGAUUAUGAAUAUCCAGGACUCCACUCAGAAUUAUGAACGAGAGCUUAAAGCAGAAAAACAAGCUGCUCUUCAGGCUAAAAAACAGGCCAUGUUACAAAUACAACAGGAAGAAGUAAACCUGCUAAUGCACCAGCAGAAAACCAGUGAAUAUAAAACCUUCAGUGAAUUGGUGGAGGACUUUAAAAAGACAUUACAUCAUUCUGAUCCUAUGGUCUUAGAAGAUUUUUGUGCCAGUGUCCCAUUUAUUGAUCUUUAUUUGACAUCCCUUGAUCUUCAGGAUAACACAGUUUAUAGGUUACAAGAACUCUAUUAUGAACUUGUUGGCACAUUGAACACCAUCUUGGAAGACAUAAGAGAAAAAUCCAGGCUGCCCCCUGAGAAUGAUACGAAGAGUUAAAUGUUCUAGCAUAGAAAAUGUGAUGCUUUGCCAUUGUAAAAAGCAUUGUUUAA